CUCUCACGCUCACACUCUUUCCCUCUCUCUACCGUAUCUCUCCCGAUAUCUACCAGGAAGGGGACGAGAGGGGGGCGGGGCCGAUAUAGCGAAAAUUAUGCGCUCGAAUCGAUCGUUGGGAAUGGGUAUGGAAGGAAACGCGAACGCCUCCUCCAUCCAAUCCUCCAUCCAAACGGCCAUCAUGGGCUGCAGGAAAACUGUCUUACCCACAACUGCCAGAAAAGAACAGAACAGAACAGUUUGCGAACCUGCGCAGCCCGUCCAUUCGAUCGAGCGAGCGGGCCCACCGACGUCGUUUCGCUCGCCAAGGCCGAGUCAUCUCCCAUGCGCAUUGCAUGUGCAGUAUGUAAGUAAGAAGUGCCAUGUAUGUAGAGUAUGUAGGCGCAUGUAUAGCGCAGUCCCCAUCCAGAUUUCUCAAAAGUCGGAAACCCGAAAAGAAGUCCAUCGUUACUUCUUACUUACGCAGCUGGAAUCCCGCAAGCAGAUCAGCAGAGUCGCCUCCGACCCUCCCCUCUCCUCUCCUCGAGCUAGACCAAGUAUCAUGUAUUAUACCAAGGCGAAACCCCCGCUCCCUUCCAACUCGACGGAAUUAGCAGUUACAUGCUGCUACCGACGGCCAUGUACCGACUGCUACUGCUACCUACUGCUACUGCUUAUGCGGGGUUUUUGGGCAAAUCGGUACCUACCUGGACAGUGCGCAAGUCGCUAUAUUGCCGUAGGUAUAUGAUAUUUGAUUUAAUGUAACGAUACCUUACAUUUUAAACGUACAGUAUGUGGAGUACCGUACGCGUGGUGAGACUUUUCCAUGGUUUUGUUUUGUUUUUCUCUUUUUCUUCCUUCCUUCUUUCUAGAGUAGAGUACUUUCUCCCCGGCACUCCCCGGGAAAUAGUAUCGGGAUGCAAACAAAAACACAAC